AUGGAGACUAGAGACUUUAAGACAAACUACGCGUACAACGCAACAUCAUCGCCUUCCUGUGACUUCUCGAAAAGCGUCGACUCUUUCCCACAUAAAGCAAAGAGUGUCUCGAGUUCUCCAAAGUACGUCGCCAACAAACGCGAGCUCAAAAAUUUCGACACAUACCAACAGUCCUUUCUCAUUGGCCUCUUAAACAACCACUGCGGAUGCACACUUAAAAAGCAGCGAAAGCAGACGACGGUCACAUCGACAACACCCGUCCUCAAAAUCCUUCAUUUUCAAGACGAAGACUAUGAAAUCAUGCAACUUGCAGAUGCAUAUUGUAGACCAGAAUACGUCGAAGACAUAAAGACCGGAAUGUCUAAAACAACUGCUUUUCGAAGAAUUGACAAAAACAGGCGGAACUUCACACAAAAUCUCCUUAUCGACAUUUGUAUGGAGUUUGGUUAUUUUUUUGAGAGCUGUUUAUCGCGGAAGUCUAAGAAGACUUUGCGUCUUGAAAGGAUCCAAGAGGUGUAUAAUGGCGAUAAACGGAUGUUCAGCCAACUCGACAUCACUCAAAAGGGGAAAAAGAUCAACGACUACUUUGUCAGUGAGUUUCAAAAGUCGUCAGUCGUCUCUAUAGAAGUAAAUUGCAAGGUUAUUCAAGAGAUCCUUUGGGGAAAUAAAUAG